CUGCAUUUUUCUUUUUACCUUUAUAGCGGUCGUUUUUUUAAUUAAAGCCUAUAGAAUGCCAUCUGACACCUACUUAUACGACGAUGCCGAGGAGGAGGCCGAGUUGGAAUUCUUGCGCGAAAGUCUCGAGCAAAUGGACAACUUGGCGGAAAAAACAACACAGCUGCUCAAGGUGUUUGACAUUCGGCUGAAGAAUUUGGGCAGAAUUAUAGCCCCAAUUUACAAGUCGACGCAGAAGCUCACACGCCUGUACGACAAUAUCGAAACGACCAUUGGCUCGCUGGACGACAUUAUGCUGUUCUUCAACGUCGCCAAGGAUGAGUCCGACACCAUCCGCGCAGGCCCCGACGAGAACGAGCUGCUGCCGUACCUGGACUCCAUCAACCGCCUCAAGGAUGCCAGCGACGCGCUGAAGCAACUGGACCUGGACUCGGCGUCGGAGAGCCAAAAUGAGAUUCGCGAGCUGCUGGGUAUCGGGCUGGGCAACCUGUCGCAGCUCUUCAGUCAGUGGCUCAAGCAGCACAGCGGCGGCGUCGACCCGGCUGCAUACAGCAACGCCACGGAGAUUCCGACUUUCCCAAUGGACACUGUAAAGCUUCUGGGAAUGCUGGCAACAUACCUGAAUCUAGUUAACGAUGAAGUCAGCUACGAUCUAAAGCUCACAAAGACGUAUGCGUCGAUUCGCACCCGGCACUUGCAAAAGUCGCUCGCCCAGUUUAGUGACAUGUGUAACGGGUACAUAAGGGCCAACAGCUUUGACGGGCCUAUUCCUGGGCAGCGCGGGUACGGCGAGUCUUCUACCCGGAGCAACCCGGCCGAAUUCCGCUUCUGCACCAUCCGCAACGAGCAUUGGUACGAGGCGGGCACCUCGCCGCUCACGCAAUAUACUGUUAACGUGGUUAAGCUCUUCCAAGCAGAGCGGGACCUGGUGCGCCAGAUAAUGCCGACCGUCAUUAGCGAAGAUACUUUUUUGACCACCACCGACCGGCCGUUCGAGGCGUACGUGGGCACUGGCGACAAGAUGAUUAUGUUUUUCCUGAGUUCACCACCAUACGAGGUGCUGCAUGCGCUGGACGUUUACGGCUACAUGCUGGAAAACGACGGGAUCCUCGAGUCGUUGCUGUCGCUUCGCCAGCGCCAAAACAACGGGCUGGCAAAGCUUCUGUCUAAGCUCCAGCUGCAUGUCAGCAAGUCAUUCACCGCGCUCAUCAACCUGCUGCACAACCCAUUCAAGGAGGACACAGCUCCCAAGCAGACGGGUGGCGUGCACGAGCUGGCCUUCAAUACGGUCACAUUCCUGCUGUAUCUGAUUGGAUACAAGGAUCUUCUGACCAACAUAUUCCUGCCGCUUGGCGACGGCCACUGGAACCAGGGACUAUCGCAGGAACCGUCUAAUGUGACCCAACACGCUAGCGACCCCAGCGAUGGCCUGUCAAUCUUCCAGCACUAUCUUCGCGACGUAGUCGACGCGCUGUCACGCAUGGUUGACCAGGGCGGCAAGCACAUGAAGCGGCCAGCGCUGCAAUUUGUUUUUCUGAUCAACAACUACGCCUAUUUGGUGCGCACGCUCCGAGACUCGAUGUAUGCGGGCGACGAGGAUUCGCAAUCCCUCGGGCUGGGCGAUUUAGUAGGUCGCUCGGCUCUGUUGCGGAUUGAGUCGCAGAUUGACCGCAGCCGCAGGGGAUACGUUGCAACGUGGAAGGCCAUUAUGAGCUCGUUCCCAGCGGCAUCCGUAAAUCCUGCCGAAAAAUUGGCCAUGUUUACCCAGGGCUUUGACGACAUGGUGCGCUCGCAAAAGGCGUACGAGGUUUUUGACACUGACGUUCGGAAAAUGCUCGUGUCGGAUGCCAUUGAUGCCAUCGUCCCAGAGUACGAGACAUUCUUGAGGCAAAAUCCAGACAAAUCGCCUGAGUUUGCCAGGGCAAUGAAGUACACACCGCGAGACAUCCAGCGCAAGAUUGCCACCAUGCUGGACGACUAGCCCUAGCCACUGCGCUGUGUUGUAUUAAGACUGGUUUUGUAUUGUUUGGUUUGGUUUAUUGGGGGUGGGAUCUUGCUUUGAACCCAGUGCUACUAAUGAUUAAUAUACCCAUUAUUAUGGAAUGCAGCUUAAUUUAAAACCGUCAAAUUGUUUGGGCCAUCGACUUUUUAUACUCGGCAUAUCUUUUACCCUGAUGACACAAUGUCAUUUCAGUUUUAUUAUUAAUACACACUAGUCCCACUGCGUAUAGCAGUGUAAGUUAUAUGAUUGCUUGCUAGUUUGUUGUGC